GUUUUAAUGAUUUGCUCAGAAGAAACAUUUGUACAUUGAGAUCUCCAUUGCAGUGAAAAACAAUGUGAUUGACAGAAAAGUCGGAAAACUACAAGGCCUAUCAAAAGCCAUGAAGGGCAAGGUGUCUAACUAUGCCAAGCGGAUGGCCCAUCUGUCUGCCAGGAUAUUCGGGGAGUACACUGGAGAAAGGACAUACAAUGCCAACCGAAUCAUCAAUGAAUUCAAAAGUAUGCCAAAAUAUAAGGACCCUAAUAUCAUAAACUAUUACCCAAAACACCCUGAGGCAACAUGGUUACUUAACAGACUUAGACAUCAUGGAUUGUUCAGGGACUACCAUGCCGAUUUUAAGGAGGAAUUUGCAGCUCAGAGAGCCAAGCGGGGUAAAGGCCCCCCAGAGAAGGGCCAGGGAAAGAGGGCAUUGAGGAAGUGAACUUUGUAGGACCAAUGUGUGGAAUAAACUUGUUUUAUAUUCA